GCUCCCUCCUGUGCUCCAGACUCGAACCACACCUUAGCCAAGCGUUAUGGCCCCUCCCACCUGCCGGUUCCUCCGUGCUGCACUGGUUCUGCUGCUGCUGCUGGCCACCAACCACCAGGCUACAGGGGCUGUUGUGGCUAGUGAGCUGCGCUGUCAAUGCCUGAAGACUAUAUCAAGGAUUGACUUCAAGAACAUCCAGAGCUUGACAGUGACACCCCCGGGACCCCAAUGCACCCAGACAGAAGUCAUAGCCACUCUCAAGGAUGGUAAAGAAGUUUGCCUCAACCCUGAAGCCCCCUUGGUUCAGAGGAUCAUCCAAAAGAUUCUGAACAAAGGCAAGGCUAACUGACCUGGAAAGAAGUGUGGGCUGCUGUACCUCAAUGGGAAGAACCAAAGAGAAAAGAAUCCAACAGCACCCCGGAAGUCUGAAUCGUACCUGAUGUGCUUCACUGUCUGAGAGUUCAUCUAUUUAUUUAUCUAUGUAUUUAUUUAUUUAUUUCCAAUGUCAAGAUGUUGUUGUGUUUAUUAUGAUAUUUAAAGAUAUGUGUUUGCUAAUUCACUGUAAUAUCUUAAAAGGUCAUUUUAAUAUGUUAAAGUUUAUUUUAAUAAUGUUUAAAUGUUCAAUUAAAGUUAUUUUACUUAUGUAGUUGGAAGGUGAUGUAUUUUCAAAUCUAUUUAUUCAUUAGAUUCUGGGGUCGGUGGUGAGUUGGGCACAUCACACUCACUGUGAUAGAGACUGGGGAUAAGGGGUGGGGGAGAGAAACAGAUGCAGUCAGAUGGCUUUCAAGGCAGGACUGUGUGUGUCCACAUCAUUUUUUGUAAGAAGAGUAGAACAGCUGUUAUUCAGGUUUCUGUAUUUCUACACUAUGUGUACAACAUUUCUGAUGCUGAAUUUUCAAUGUUGUGAGUAUCCCUUGGACAUUUUAUGUCUUCAUUGUAAGGCACAGUGCCUUGCUUAGCAAUUGCCUUGUCAUGCUUUCUCAUGUCUUGAAGUAGAGACAUUUAUUUAUUCAUGCACUUUUACAAAUACAAAAAAUAAAAAC